AUGAAGCUCGAGGCUCCUCCUUCUCACCACAUCCCCCAUCUCUUGACCAAACUCAAGAUGACCCCCAGGAAGAUCGUAACCCCACCGGUGAACUACCGAGAACGAUUCCCCACACCUCGUACGCUGCUUUCCCCGGAAGCAACCCACUUUAGGGUUCCUUCUCCCCCGCGAGAGAAUAUCCUAGGUCCCGUCCCAGGCUCUCUCGCGCCGCCGCUACCCAGGUAG